GUGGUUGCCUCAGCGAAGAUCGGAGGGGCGCCACAGCCGUGGCUGGUUUAGCGCGCGAUGACGAAACGCGGUCUCACGAAAACGGACGACAUGUUCACUGGCUGCGGCACCCAGCCCACCGUCCUUUUGGUACACAACACUGCCGUGAUCAGGCGUCUGCCGCUCCAGCGACUCCCUGUGCCCAAAUUGACGUGCCAGAGCCGCUCUUGCAGCCACACGCUCGGUUACACCACGUAGACACGAGCGAUGCUCGCCCGCCUGCGAACCGUUGCACCCAUAACCCGGCAGGUCCGAACUUUCUCUGCGCACAACCCAGCGAUGGCGCCACUGCGGAUAGGCUUCGUCCCCGAGCACUUCUCCACGCCCCUCGAAUUCGCCAAGAAGCACUACGGCCUCAAUGCGCGGCUCCUCCCGUUCCCCUCCGGCACGGGGCACAUGGUCACGGCGCUCCAGGCCGACGAAAUCGACGUGGGCGUUGGACUCACCGAGGGCUGGAUCGCGGCGCUGGGCAAAGCACAGGAGGCAAAGCAGGACGCGGGGUUCAAGCUCGUCGGCACCUACGUUGAGACCCCGCUCUGCUGGGCCAUAUCAACGGGCGCAAAGCGCGACGAGCUGCGCAGCGUCGACGACCUCAAGGGCAAGAAAGUGGGCGUGUCAAGAAUCGGCAGCGGCAGCUAUGUUAUGAGCUUCGUGCUGGCGGACCAGCAGGGCUGGCUCGACCCGCAAGCUUCUGGCCCGCCGUUUCCUGUCGAGCCGCUCAACACGUUUGUGAACCUCCGCGAGGGAGUGAACAACGGCACGGCCGACUUCUUCAUGUGGGAACAUUUCACGUCGAAGCGGUACUACGACAACGGCGAGAUCAAGCGCAUUGGCGAGAUCUACACGCCUUGGUCAUCGUGGAAAAUUGUGGCGAAGAAUGAUCUCGUGAACCCCAAGAACUGGUCGCAAGGCGUGCAGGCUUCGCAUCCUGCGCUCAAAGGAGAGCUGGACGAUGCGCUGCAGAAGAUCAACAAAGGCGUGAAGCACUUCGAGGACAACCAGGAGGAGGCGGUUGAGUACAUAAGCACCAAGUUGGACUACUCGCAAGAGGAUGCGCGGGAAUGGCUCAAGACGGUGCGAUUCCCGCAGGAGGUGAGGGGUGUGGACGAUGCCGUCGUGCAAAAGACGGUGCACAUACUGCAGAAGGCGGGUGUGCUUGGCGAUGCAGUGGACGAGCAGGUCAUGAUUGGGCUACAGAGAUAGCGAAUCUCAGACUCGGCGAAUUUCUUCCAUCACGUUCAAGCUGCUCUACCGAUUUGGAGUAUAGUCAAUAGUCUGGGCGGACAUGCCGGCAUAUCUUGACACCGAAACACGGCUCCCCCGUGGGCAGGAGCACAUUCUCUUGACUUGAAGCAUGUGCUCGGAGUACUGACUCUGGGGAGGGUAAAGCUCGGGUGCCACGUGCUGCAGCU